AUGCAAUACCUCCGCUCAGGCCUAGACCAACUUCGCGAUCGUUACGCCCCCGUUAGUCACAAGUCCACCUUUCGGAGCACCGGUCAAAUCACGCCCGAAGAGUUUCUCCUCGCAGGCGAUUAUCUAGUCUACAAGUUCCCCAGCUGGUCGUGGUCCGAUGCAUCAAGUCCCGCGCGACGCGUGCCCUACCUGCCUCCAAACAAGCAAUUCCUCGUGACCCGAGGAGUUCCAUGUCACAGACGAUUAGACGAGAACUUCGCAGGCGGACACGGCGCGGCUGAUGACUUGGUGCGAGACGGUUUCUUGGGCGGACCGGACGAUGAGUCGGAUAGCAAGGGAGGAGGCGAGGAUGAAGGCUGGCUAAGAACGGGCGGCACGACAGAGAAGGAGCAGGAAGGCCUUAGAGGGGAAGUCCGGACGAUGAGCGAGAGUGGACAGCUGGGCAAGAAGGCCGUCGAGGACGAAGACGAAGAAAUCCCAGAUAUGGAGGACGAGGACGAUGAUAAUGAAGCCAUCAUAAGAGACAAGGGUGAAGGUGCUGCUGCACCCCUCCGCACAUACACCCUCUACAUAACGUACACGCCCUACUAUCGCACACCGAGAAUGUACCUCUCUGGCUACCUAUCACCCAGCGAACCCCUUCCGCCGCACCUCAUGAUGGAAGACAUUGUCGGCGACUACAAAGACAAAACCGUCACGUUAGAAGACUUUCCAUUCUUCGAUAACAGCGUGAAGAUGGCGAGCAUCCACCCUUGCAAACACGCCAGCGUGAUGAAGAUCCUGCUUGAUCGAGCAGACGCCGCGCUGAAGUUGAGGCUCGACAAGCAGAAAGCAGGCGGCGCUGACUCGAAGAAAGAGAUCUCUGGCAUGGAAGGCUUGAUUGACGACACCUCAAAUCUGAAACUCUCGGAGCAGAAAAGGGGACAUGAAGCUGGCGUCAAAGCCGCAAACGGCGGCGCGGGCGACGAGUGGGAGGUCCUGGACGAGCAAGAAAGUGCCGAGGACGAGGGCGAGAAGGUGGCCAUCCGGGUUGAUCAGUACCUGGUUGUAUUCUUGAAGUUCAUGGCGAGUGUCACGCCGGGGAUUGAGCAUGAUUUCACGAUGGGCGUUUAG